AUUACUCCGUAUUUAGUGUACAUAAUGAUUUCCUCUCACGCCUUUCACCUGUACCCAUUAUUGCCUAUUGUAUAUUGAUUGUAUCAUCUCUCAAACGUCUUCUUCUCCACGACAAUGGCAUUUCUCUCCCGGCACAACUCCGCCACCCAUCGCCACCCCUCCUUCCUCCCCCGCUAUCUCAUUCUCUCCGCCUUCGUCUCCCUCGCCAUUCUCCUCCUCUUCGAGGUGGACAGCCUGGUGUCGAAGACGAAGACGAUCGUGGGCCACAACUUGGAGCCGACGCCGUGGCACGUUUUCCCGGCGAAGGAAUUCGACGACGAGUCUACCUACUCCCGGGCCUCGAAGAUCAUCCAAUGCUCCUACCUAACCUGCAGCCGCGCCGCCGAUUCGGCUCCCGGAGGCGGCGUAGCCAGCGAUCCGCCGCCGGCGUGCCCCGAUUUCUACCGGUACAUCCACUACGACCUCGCGCCGUGGGCGAAGACCGGGAUUUCCCGCGCUCACGUGGCGGAGGCGCAGAAGCUCGCGGCGUUCCGGGUCGUGAUCUCGCGGGGGAGGCUCUAUGUGGACUUCUACUUUGCUUGCGUGCAGAGCCGGGCGAUGUUCACCGUCUGGGGAUUCCUCCAGCUGCUCCGGCGGUACCCCGGGAAGGUUCCCGAUGUGGAUUUGAUGUUCGAUUGUAUGGACAAGCCGACGGUUAACCGGACGGAGAACGCCGCCAUGCCGCUGCCGCUCUUCCGAUACUGCACCACAUCUCAACAUUUUGACAUUCCUUUCCCGGAUUGGUCUUUCUGGGGCUGGUCAGAGAUUAAUAUAGCGCCAUGGGAUGAGGAGUUUAACAGCAUCAAACAAGGAUCUAAAACUCGGAGUUGGGCAAGAAAAUGGCCGGUUGCUUACUGGAAAGGAAAUCCAGACGUUUUUUCACCGGUUCGCACAGAGCUUUUGCAGUGUAAUGACACUAGAAUGUGGAGAGCCCAGAUCUUUCGACAGGAUUGGCUAGAAGAAGCAAAGACUGGAUUUGAGCAGUCCAAACUGUCCAAUCAGUGCCAGCACCGGUAUAAGAUAUAUGCAGAAGGAUAUGCUUGGUCUGUGAGCUUGAAAUACAUUCUUGCAUGUGGUUGUGUUCCCCUUAUAAUAACGCCGCAGUAUGAAGAUUUCUUUAGCCGCGGUCUUAUUCCUAAGAAGAAUUAUUGGCCAAUCCCCCCCUUUGAUCUAUGCCCAUCUAUCAAAUCGGCCGUUGAGUGGGGUAACGAACAUCCCGUAGAGGCGGGAGAAAUAGGGAAAGCAGCACAAGAGUUAAUGGAAUCUCUAAGCAUGGACAGGGUGUACGACUACAUGUAUCACCUGAUCAAUGAGUACGCGAGGCUUCAAGAUUUCGUUCCGGUGCCGCCGCCGCCGGCCCAAGAGAUGUGCGUGGACUCCGUGCUUUGCUUCGCAGAUCAAAAACAGCGGGAGUUCCUGCGGCGGACAAUCGCCUUCCCUUCCCCGUCGCCGCCCUGCUCUCUCCCCCCUCCGGACAUGAACCUCAUCAACAUGAAUAUGGAAAUGAGAGGAAAGUUUGAUAGUGCAAAUAACAACAAUAAUAAUUAGAGAUUUCAGGGUAGUUUAGCAUUUUUUUUGUAAAUGAAGUUAGUUUUGAGAUUGUAAUUAAGAAGGGAAAAAAAAAUACUUGCAAUCAUUUUUGAUGUUGUAGUUUAAUUUAAUUAUAGCUUUUUUGGUAAUGGCAGUUGUCUAAACUUUAACAUUUUUUUGCAAUCAAAUAGAAAAAAUAUAUUUGGGGGUGAUGG